GCUCCGCCGCGCUGCGGCCGCCGUGCCGGCACCAUGGAGGCUGCGGAACUGGUCGCUUGAGGGCGGCUGCCGGCGUGGGGGCGCACCUGCUUGUUGCGAGGUGCCCGCUGCCCAGGCUUUUGCAGGACUCGGUCACUCGCGGAACAAGGGUCGCCUUCGGCUAGGCUUGCGUUUCUUCGCGGCUGCCGCCAAGGGUGAUUUUCUGGACUUCUUUUGGUCCAGCUCAUGGCCUCUACUGGAAAUCCUCGAGGUGUUCAUGCCCUGGCGGCAACGCGUAGUCCUGCUCCAGUCCGUGCAGGGUGUUGACCAGGAGAAGGAGUGCUUCCAUGUGGGAGGAAGCUCACCGCUGGCCCCGGCACCCAAGCCCGCACAGGACACGGCACGAAGCUGCCGCCGCGUGGCAUUGGUCCUCCGGGGUCAUAGCUUUCUGUGGAGAAGGGGAACCAGCGUCAGCCGUGGAGGCCACCGGAACCUGCCGCAGUCUGUCUUGCAGCAGCUUGCGGCUGCGAAGUCUCACUUGGAACAUGUCGUCAGGCCGAUGGAGGCGCUGGGCUUCGAGGUGGACGUCUACGGCGCGACCUAUCCUAGCCCGUACAUCCCAGAGCUCGAGGCGCAGUAUGGAGCGAGCUUGAGACAACGCUUCUCGAUCCUCGAGCUGCCAGGCUCACAGCUUGGAGGUGUUGCCUCGGCUUUGGCGACUGUGCCCACUUCUUUGUGCGUCCAUCGGAUACUGAUUCUACGCUUCGACUUGGUGCUGAAGCGUUCCAUGGUUCCAUCGCUGCAGCAGGCCUGGCGCCGUGGCCAGGAGUUCCUCGGUCCCUUCUGGUGCGAGCUCGACGCGGGCAACUUCCCAGAUGUAGGUGGCCCUCUCUGCGUCUCUGACGUUUUGCAGGUCUUUCCCGGAAGUUGGCGCGACACUUUUGCCGAGAUCAUCCGAGAACAUCCCGACCGAACACACAUGCAUGGCUGGCUGGCCGAAAUGAUCGCCAAAGGCGUGAACCCGAGCAGCGUUGGCGUGCUGGUCCCCACGCGCUCGAUAUCGGACCCGGCAGCGCAAUGGAACCCUCUGUACGAUUUCGCCAACCGGGAACGUCGCAGCCCUUCGUCUAACGAGGAACGAGACGACCUCCUUCGGCUCGCCAAUGGCAGCACGGCUCGGCUUGGGCUUCCCCCCCUGGGUUGA